CCCCGGCGCUCGUCUCGGCGCGGACCAGCGAGGCGGCGGCCGCUCCAGCACCCUCCCCGAGCCGCGGGCCCCGACACUCUCCAGCCGCUCGCCCACCCCCGGCCCCUCGUCGCGGCCCUCGCGCUGCCCCAUUUGCCAUCUUCAGAAUGAUUCCCUGCAGAGCAGCGCUGUCUUUUGCGCGAUGUCUAAUCCGGAGAAAAAUCGUCACUCUGGACAGUCUAGAAGAUACAAAACUGUGCCGCUGCUUAUCCACCAUGGACCUCAUUGCCCUGGGCGUUGGAAGCACUCUGGGUGCCGGGGUUUAUGUCCUCGCUGGCGAGGUUGCCAAAGCGGAUUCUGGCCCCAGCAUCGUGGUCUCCUUCCUCAUCGCUGCGCUGGCUUCCGUGAUGGCAGGCCUCUGCUAUGCUGAAUUUGGGGCCCGAGUUCCCAAGACUGGGUCUGCCUAUUUGUACACUUACGUUACUGUCGGAGAACUGUGGGCCUUCAUCACUGGCUGGAAUCUCAUUUUAUCUUAUGUGAUAGGAACAUCAAGUGUUGCAAGGGCUUGGAGUGGCACCUUUGAUGAACUUCUUAGCAAACAGAUUGGUCAGUUUUUCAGGACAUACUUCAAAAUGAAUUAUACUGGCCUUGCAGAGUAUCCUGACUUUUUUGCUGUAUGCCUUAUAUUACUUCUAGCAGGUCUUUUAUCUUUUGGAGUAAAAGAGUCUGCUUGGGUGAAUAAAGUCUUCACAGCCAUUAAUAUCCUGGUCCUUCUCUUUGUUAUGGUCGCUGGGUUUGUGAAAGGAAAUGUGGCAAACUGGAAGAUUAGUGAAGAGUUUCUCAAAAAUAUAUCUGCAAGUGCCAGGGAGCCACCUUCUGAAAAUGGAACAAGUAUCUAUGGGGCUGGUGGCUUUAUGCCUUAUGGCUUUGCAGGAACUUUGGCUGGGGCUGCAACCUGCUUUUAUGCCUUUGUGGGAUUUGACUGCAUUGCAACAACUGGUGAGGAAGUCCGGAAUCCUCAGAAAGCUAUUCCUAUUGGAAUUGUGACUUCUCUGCUCGUUUGCUUUAUGGCCUAUUUUGGGGUCUCAGCAGCUUUAACACUGAUGAUGCCAUACUACCUCCUCGAUGAGAAAAGCCCGCUUCCUGUAGCGUUUGAGUAUGUUGGAUGGGGUCCAGCCAAAUAUGUCGUUGCAGCAGGCUCCCUCUGUGCUUUGUCAACAAGUCUUCUUGGAUCCAUUUUCCCAAUGCCUCGUGUAAUCUAUGCUAUGGCGGAGGAUGGGUUGCUUUUCAAAUGUCUAGCUCAAAUCAAUUCCAAAACGAAGACACCAAUAAUUGCUACUUUAUCAUCGGGUGCGGUGGCAGCUGUGAUGGCAUUUCUUUUUGACCUGAAGGCCCUCGUGGACAUGAUGUCCAUCGGCACCCUUCUGGCCUACUCUCUGGUCGCAGCCUGUGUUCUCAUCCUCAGGUACCAGCCUGGCUUAUCUUAUGAGCAACCCAAAUAUUGUCCUGAGAAAGAAGCUCUGAGAUCGUGUGCCAACACUGCCUCCAAAAGCGAGUCCCAGGUCACUGUGCUGCCAGGACAGGGCUUCAGCCUGCGAACCCUCUUCAGCCCCUCGCUUCUGCCCACAAAACAGUCGGCCUCUCUCGUGAGCUUUCUGGUAGGAUUCCUUGCAUUUCUCAUUUUGGGCCUGAGUAUUCUGACCACGCACGGAGUCCACACUAUUGCCAGGCUGGAAGCGUGGAGCCUCGCUCUUCUUGUGCUGUUGCUUGUUCUCUGCGUUGCCAUUGUGCUCAUCAUUUGGAGGCAGCCUCAGAAUCAGCAAAAAGUAGCCUUCAUGGUUCCAUUCUUACCGUUUUUGCCAGCCUUCAGCAUCCUGGUGAACAUUUACUUGAUGGUCCAGUUGAGUGCAGACACCUGGAUCAGAUUUAGCAUUUGGAUGGCGCUUGGUUUCCUGAUUUACUUCGCUUAUGGCAUUAGACACAGCCUGGAGGGUAAUUCGAGGGAUGAAGAUGAUGAUGAAGAUAUUUAUUCAGACAACAUUAAUGCAGAGACAGAAGAAAAAUCUGCCAUUCAAGCAAAUGACCAUCACCAAAGAAACCUGAGUUUACCUUUCAUAUUCCAUGAAAAGACAAGUGAAUGCUAGUACCUGCAGGAGCAGAGCUGGUCCACAGUCUUCACGUACAUAUCCUACAUGGAGUGAACCGUGACGGAUGUCAUCAUUAUGCUAGGUUGUCAUCGGUUUGCUGCAGACACAGUUCACCCUAAUUUAUACUUACUUGCCUGGACAGCACGUCCUCAGAUGGUGAAUUAUGCAUCCAGGGAAAGCACCCUGAGCUCGCUCCUCAGUGAUGAAUAGCCCCCAGAUAGUGGGAUCGUGGGAGUGUGUGUGUGUAUAUGUUUGUAUAUGUUGGGGAAUAUCAAUGUUAAAAGUUGUUGGUGUUUUACUGUUAUUGUAUUGCAUUUUUCCAGUGUUGUCAUUAAUCGGUAGCAUAUACUGCACAUACUGAAAUGGAGGUAAUCACGGAAUAGAAAAAUAUUUUGUAUGUGCUGGGUGUGGUUGGGGAAAUAGCUGUUGCUUUUCCUUAUUAGGCUUUAUUAAUAUCAAGUUAGAACAUGCUAAAAAUGCAUUUACCCAUCACAGUGUCUGUCAUUGGUCUGGAGUAAGAGGAGGGGAUAGGAAAUGAGCCUUUUCUACAACUUAUAAAUGCCAGCAGUGGGUUUAGUACAGAUUUUUCUUCCGUGAGGUGUGACAGUUUGCUAAAACCUUCGCCAAUAGGAGUGUUCGUGUCUGCCGUACUGCGCAGGGCAGGAGUGGCCCUCUGUGUCAUCAGAUGUCAGGCACCCCUUUGAACUGCUGUCUUCUUUGAGAACGGUGGUCCUUAAAUGUGAGGCCUUCACCUUCUGUGAAUGCUAUAUUGCCCCCUGCCCUGUCCCAGUUCAGUCGGGGGCUUGAGAGAGGUAGUGUGAUCUACUUGGGACCCUUUGUGCUAGAAAGUGAACGUGGUCCCCAUGGGCAGGAAGCUCAUGUAAGUGGCAAAGAUGGGGAUAUGUUUGAAGAUCAGAGUAGACAUGUGCUUGGACAAGUAGACCCCAAGCACCCCUGUUUUAAAAGUCAGUUAAAAUAAGCCAGUAGAAUCUCCCAGAUCACACAAUUGGUGGAAUGAUUCAUACUUUUUUCCAUUACUUAAUAAAUAAUCACAGUUCAACUUUUUUUUCUAACUCAGUAGCGAAUUCUCUUUCUACUAUACGCAAAAAAAAGGAAAAAAUGAAGGGAUACAAGAAAAGAAAAUUCCCCUAUUCUGAUUUUAA